CUGUGGUAACUAGUGACGACCGUAUGAGUUUGACAGAUCGUGGAGCGGAGCUGACUGAGGUGAAAACCCAAAAAACUUUGGGAAUAACAAGCCCUUCUCCAUUCGACCAACAUACACGAGUAACCUUCAGGAUAUGCAACUAAUGAACAAAAAGGCGACAAAGCUAGUAACAUUUUAAUUUGACAAAGUCCCACCUCGAGUUUGUCAAGUAGAAGAAACAAUGUUCCCGUGUUUUCGACGUUAAUGAACGUGGAAUAGAGCAGGCAAGGAACACCUCAUCAGGCGAAAGUCGGACUGUCCAGGAUCCAACUAGCUCAGCUACCUAGCUACUGCUUGGAUCCGUUGUUUGCAUGCAGCAAAGGGCGGGAAUGGUGACACCAUGAUCGAGGGUGGCUGAGAGUCAGGGGAAGCCACACAGCGGCAUGGAGGGCACCAGGGCCACCAUCUUGGCGCCGGUCAGGAGCGACGACCCUCGGCGGGAUCGGAAGCGGCGUGUCGGGGGUCCUGUAAGGAAGGGGGGUGUCUGCCAGGACAGGACAGCCUCCCCACAUGGGGAGUGCACCUCGGACGGAGAGAAGGAGCCGGAGUCAGCCUUGAAGGAACUGAAACCAAACCCGCUGGGCAAAUGGGAUACUGAGGGGGAGCGAGGAGCGGAGUUGUCGCCUGAGGGGGAGGACGUCCUUUGCUCCUGGGAAAUGGACUCUCAGGAUCAGGAGAAAGAGGAGGGGAAACAGAAGGGGAGUAGUAACAGCCAGAGCACCUCCAAUACGGAUAGCCCUGCCCCCUCCAGCAGCUGCACAGAUCUGUCCCAGACGUCGUCUCCAUCGCUGUCGGACCAGCUCUUCCUGGGUCGAGAGGAAGGGACGGGGGCCGGGAUCAACGUGGAAUGUCGGAUCUGUGGAGACAAAGCCUCGGGGUUCCACUACGGAGUACACGCCUGUGAAGGCUGCAAGGGCUUUUUCCGCCGGACCAUCCGUAUGAAGCUGGAGUACGAGCGCUGUGAGCGCAGCUGUAAGAUCCAGAAGAAGAGCAGGAACAAGUGCCAGUACUGCCGCUUCCAGAAGUGCCUGCUGCUGGGCAUGUCCCACGACGCGAUCCGGUACGGCCGCAUGCCGGAGGCGGAGAAGAGGAAGCUGGUGGCGGGCCUUCUGGCGGGAGAUACGGCCCCGACCACCAACCCCAACGGCUCGGACCUCAAAUCCCUGGCCAAGCGGGUCAACAACGCCUACCUGAAGAACCUCAACAUGACCAAGAAGAAAGCUCGCAGCAUCCUCACCGGCAAGAAUAGCUCCAGCCCGGUAGCGUAUCCAUAUCCCUUCGUGAUCCACGACAUGGACUCGUUGCACCAGGCUGAGAACGGGCUGGUGUGGAACCAGCUGAUCAACGGGACGCCGCCCAACAAGGAGAUAGGGGUUCACGUGUUCUACCGCUGCCAGUGCACCACGGUGGAGACGGUCAGGGAGCUCACGGAGUUCGCCAAGAGCAUCCCCGGCUUUGUAGACCUCUUCCUCAACGACCAGGUGACGCUGUUGAAGUACGGCGUGCACGAGGCCAUCUUCGCCAUGCUUCCCUCGCUCAUGAACAAGGAUGGACUGCUGGUUGCCAACGGGAAGGGCUUUGUGACCCGGGAGUUCUUGCGCAGUCUGCGGCGGCCCUUUAGCGAGAUCAUGGAGCCCAAGUUUGAGUUUGCCGUUAAGUUCAACGCCCUGGAGCUGGACGACAGUGACCUGGCCCUGUUUGUGGCCGCCAUCAUCCUCUGUGGAGACCGUCCGGGGCUGAUGAACAUCAAGCAGGUGGAGGAGAUUCAGGACAGCAUCCUGCAGGCCCUAGACCAGCACCUGCUGGGCAACCACGCUGACUCGCAUUACCUCUUCCCCAAGCUGCUCAACAAGAUGGCCGACCUGCGCCAGCUGGUCACAGAGAACGCCAUGCUGGUCCAGAAGAUUAAGAAGACUGAGUCAGAGACCUCACUGCACCCGCUGCUGCAGGAGAUCUACAAGGACAUGUACUGACUGGACUGAACUGGUUUUAGCUUUCUACAACAGCGGUGCUGUUCACUCACUCCUGUUUCCUGUGAGUGGGAGUCACAGGGGGUGCAUGUUUUUUGUUCCAGCACUAACACACCCGGUUCAACUCCUCAGCCAAUCAAUCACGACCUUGAUCAGUUGAGUCAGGUGUGUCAGCGUUUUUAUUCUAAUGUUUUUUUAAAUAAAAGCCUGAGGAAAACGGAUACCUGAAAUGGCAAUGUGCUGACUGGUGGGAGUUAUGACUAUGAAUAUAGCUGCACACUCUUGUUUCCGAUGCAAUUGAUUUCUAAAGAAUCACCAUAGUUUGGGCAGCAAACUACCUUCAUCAGGGUCUCUUGACUGUCUGGACUGGACGGAAUGACAUUCUGAUUGGGAAUGGAGCAAUGGACUAAUACAAAGUAAUACACACCCUACCACAUAUUAAACAUGUGUGGAAGUGGUUGGGUGUCCCAAAUAUAUAUGUAUAUUAUAAAACCUGAUUUGAGCUGUUUCAAGACAUAAUUGAUGCUGUUGUAUAGCAGGCUUUUAACUGUGGUUGGACAGGACUGAUACAGUUGACUGCUUGUAGUCUCCUGCUCUCAAUGUGGUGAAGGUGCAGAGGUAUUCCAGGAGAAUAGCAAACAGCUCCCCAACCAACGCCACAACAAAACCAAGACUACUUUUAUUUCCCCGCUUCUAUUUUUCGACCGAUGAUCAGCAUUGCUAUUUUUAUACAACAGAUUUUUGUAGUCUCUCCCGAUGAGGAGUGUUUUUUUACAACGGUCAACCCAUUCUUAACCCUGAACUGCAGGGUUAUCAUCAGACUGUUCUGCCAUUUUGUUUGUGCUACAAACUCUCUAAGAGGUUGUGAUGCUGAUAUUCAGAAAAGGGAUGGUUCUGCUUGCCUGUAGAAAUAAGAGGGUCGUCGGCAACCAUGGGCGUCCCCUUUCCCAUUCCUAAGGCCCUUACCCUGGGAUCAGCUAUCACCAAACCCCCUUAACUCUCCUUUCCUCAUAUGGAUACCUUCAGUACAAAUUCACACCCGUCAACCUCCCAAUUUAUCUGCCAAUCGUAGAACGGUUUUGAUUGAUAACUCACCACCCACCCUUCGUGUCAUUACCCCAGACACUAUCUGAUAGCAGGAGUUAAUAUUUGUACCUUCAAAGUUUAAUUCCCUCCAUGCCACUGAGCCCCCUCCCCUCCUGUUAGACCAGGAAGUACAUGGACAUACUCAGUCUCACUUCUCAAUGGACACACACAUAUACAUUUAUAGAUUCUUACAACCUCCUAACCUCAAUACCUUUUGUUUUAUUUUGUGUACAACUGUUGGGUCUAAAACCAUGGGACAAUUCUGUGUUGUCAUACUGUGAAGGUUAACCUGACCCCGGGGUCUGUGUAAGAUGUUUCCAUGUAUGAUUUUACUUAUGUUUACGCUAGAUUACUUAUGCAUAAUUGAAGUAUUAUUCGUAGGUAUUUUUUCAGCCAGGCGGUGUUCUGUAACCUGAGCACUGUCGAUAAGCCAAACUCUGAAGCCGGUCUUGUGCUUCCCAGUCAAAACAGUUCACGCAUAUAUUACGACAACAUCAUGUGACGUUUUUGUUUUGUUGUUCGGCAGGGUUCUUUCCAGCUGUUCACGCACACGUUUUUUUUUUUCUUGAGGCAAGUGUAAGUUCAGUAGCCGACGCCUACGUCCCUUAGUCGGUGAUAGGUCAACAGUAGGGGUGGGAACUAUGAACCGAAUUGUUCAAAGAAGUAUAUGCUGUCAUUCAACAAGAAAGCGCAGCAGCAGCCAGGACCUACUGUCUGCACUGCACCACUAGUUUUCAUGCACAUUAUUUCACUUGAUGUACUGCAUCAAACAUCUAAGACCUCCUCGGUGAAAACGUCAAUUUUUUGGGAGGAAGUGUUGGCUCAAGAGGGAUAAAUAACAGUAAUAUUGUCACUUUUUUUCUUGUUUUUCAAGAGAAGGUUUUAAGGGAGUACGCAAGCACAAACAUUCGCUUUGCCUAGCCGAGUUCUACUGGGAGCAAACCGAAACCUAUGUAUGCGGCGGAUGCCUUAACAGUAAAAAUCUCAUAUGAUGAGCUUCCCACUCGUUCUUUCCUCCCUCUUCUCAUUCUUCCACUGAGUAGGGUGUGAAAAAUUUGGCCAGCUGUCGGUCAGUCGCACAGUCUAACUAAAGACCAUUUUGUAAUACUUCGAGAGAAAUGGAUCCUCCUCCUUUAAUUGCUCCCCUCCUUUCCAUCUUUCACUUCAGUCACUGGUCUGAAAGGCCUGAUCACAUGAAAGCAAUACAGAGAAGACUUCUGUGGGAAUUCCACCAUAGACUUGACCUAUCCCUUCCUUUUUUCAGUGAUCAACUGAAGGGAGUUGAAAUGCAUGCCAACAGUUAAGACAUCACUGCUAGAAACAUAUUGACUUGUUCUAUUGUUCUGGACAAACCCAUCAUAAUACUGAAGCUGUUGGAAUUCUUAGUUGCAGGGGGACCAAUCUAUUUUGCCAUGAGAGGAAAUGGGUUUAUCCUCCAUUCUUUAGGUCAACCAAUCAUGGUAACUGAUGAAAUACUGCAUGUCCUACAUAGAAAUUAUUUAAAUGAUAUGUAAAUCUAUUUUUAUUAUGUUCUAUAUUGUGACAUACAAUUUCUUUUAGUUUUUGCAGUAAUUCUAUUAUUACAGUACCCGUCGAAAGUUUGGACACAUCUACUAAUUCCAGAGUUUCUUUUGACUUUUUUCUACAUUGUAGAAUAAUAAUGAAGACAAACUAUGAAAUAACACAUAUGGAAUCAUGUAGUAACCAAAAUAUAUUUGAGAUUCAUCAAAGUAGCCACAUUUUGCCUUGACAGAUUUAGCACUCUUGGCAUUCUCUCAACCAGCUUCAUGAGGUACCUGGAAUGCAUUUCAAUUUAAUUUGUGGAAUUCCUUUAAUGUAUUAGAGCCAAUCAGUU